AUGUCGACUCCCAGACUUUUGUUUCUACACGGCUUUUUGCAAAAUGCUAAAGUGUUUUCCGAGAAAUCAUCGGGUAUCAGAAAGCUGCUCAAGAAAGCAGGCGUGCAAUGCGAUUACAUAGACGGUCCCGCUGUGCUGGAGAGAAAGGAUUUGCCUUUUGAAUUGGAUGACGAGAAAUGGCAAACGGUGCUUGACACACAGGUGAACAGAGCGUGGUUUUACCACAGCAAUAUCUCGAAGGAGCUGGACUUGACAGAAGCGCUGAGAACCGUUUCGGAUUAUAUAAUGGAAAACGGGCCCUACGACGGUAUUGUUGGGUUUUCACAAGGUGCAGCCGUUGCCAGUAUUGUCACCAACACGAUCCAUAAGUUGGUUCCCGGCCAUCCCCAGUUCAAAGUCAGUUUACUGUUUUCAGGUUACUCGUUCACCGAGCCAGAUCCUUCUCACCCGGGUGAACUGCGCAUUGCUGACAAAUUUGUCUCUGAUUUUACCGUCCCAUUAGAACUCACUACCAGAGUUCUUUUUGUAUACGGAGCCUCUGACCAAGCGGUUCCUGCAGAAAAAUCCAAGUAUCUGUACAAAAUCUACACGCACGGUGAAGAGGAAGCCAACAACGUCAAAGCGUUCGAGCAUCCAGGAGGGCACAUGGUCCCAAAUAAAAAAGACAUCCUCAAGCCGAUUGUCGAUGAAAUUACAAGUGCUUUCAACGCACACUAA